UCGGGAGCCAGGAUGCUCAACAUGUGGAAGGUCCGGGAGUUGGUGGAUAAGGCCACCAACGUGGUGAUGAAUUAUUCAGAGAUAGAGUCUAAGGUUCGAGAGGCGACCAACGAUGACCCCUGGGGACCUUCCGGGCAGCUCAUGGGAGAGAUCGCCAAGGCAACGUUUAUGUACGAGCAGUUCCCAGACCUGAUGAACAUGUUGUGGACGAGGAUGUUAAAAGACAAUAAGAAGAACUGGCGUAGAGUUUACAAGUCCUUACUGCUGCUGGCGUACCUCAUACGGAACGGAUCGGAGCGGGUCGUCACAAGCGGCAGGGAGCACAUUUAUGACUUACGAUCCUUGGAAAAUUACCACUUUGUAGAUGAAAACGGUAAAGACCAAGGCGUCAACAUCCGGCAGAAGGUGAAGGAAAUGGUGGAGUUUGUCCAAGAUGACGACCGCCUCCGGGAAGAACGCAAGAAAGCCAAGAAGAACAAAGACAAAUACAUUGGCGUGUCUUCAGAAAGCGGAGGGGGGUUCAGAUACAGUGACCGAUAUGACACAGAGCCUAAAGCUAAAUGGGAUGAGGACUGGGAUAAGACUAAGCCAGGCUUCCCAUUCAGCGACAAGCUGGGGGAGCUGAGCGAUAAGAUUGGGAGCACCAUUGACGACACAAUCAACAAGUUCCGGAGGAAAGACCGAGAAGACUCCCCUGAGCGGUGCAGUGACAGCGAAGAAGAUAAGAAAGCAAACCGUGGUAAACAGUCCGAGUUCAAAGACCAAGAAGAAACGGUCACCACCAAGCACAUCCAUAUCACUCAGGCCACAGAGACCACCACCACCCGCCACAAACGUACAGGGAACCCAUCCAAAACUAUUGACCUCGGAGCAGCUGCACACUACACUGGAGACGGCUCAGAUCUCGCAUCAACUUCCAACGAGCCCGGCACCGCCAAGGCUACUGGUGAAUCAGGCAGGAAAUCAUCAAAUGACCUGGUGGAUUUACUGUUCAGUGCGGGGCAGACAGCAGGUUCAUCUCCAGAUCCAUUUGAUGAAUUUGCUGAUUUUAAUUCACAUGCUGCUCAGUCUUCCGGCUACCCUGCUACACAAGCUCCUGCACCAACUGGCAAUGGAGAAUUUGGCGACUGGUCAGGCUUCAGCCAAUCGGCAUCUGCCACUUCUGCACCCUCAGUAGAUCUGUACCGGGUGACACAGCAUAGUACAGACUUAUAUGCUGGCUCCGUGCCUCAGACUUCCCCAGCUUCUUCCAACCCCCCAGACCUCUUUGACCUCAUGGGGGCUUCCCACGCCACCAUGAGCACCUCCCAUAGCAUGAACCUAUCAAUGAUGAGCUCCAGCACAGUGGGCGUGACGCUGCCCAUGUCCAGAUCGCAACCCCUCCAGAAACAGAACACACUUCCAACAUCUGGGGCAGACUUCAAAAUUUCUGGAAAAUCUUUGCCUGCCACUUGGUCUGAUCCAAGCGUCAACAUCUCCCUAGACAGCCUGAUUCCGGGCAUGCAGCCCUGCAAACCAGCUCAACCCUCUCUUAACGCAAUGAUGCAACAACAGAAUGUACAACAGCCGAUGACGCUGCCACAGAGUUUUGCAAGUAUGAACAUUAGUGGAAGCCCAGGCAUGAUGUCCAUCCGACCUCAAACUAGCCCUAUGAUGGCUGGCCCAAUGCCAGGAGCCAUGGGCAUCCCCAACAUCAUGACCGGCACUAUGGGGGUGUCAGCUGCAGGAAUCCCUCCGAUGAUGAAUCAAGGCAUGAUGGGAAUGCCAAACACCAUGGGAAUGCCUGUUGGAGUGGCCCCCGCAGCUAUGCCUCCAAAACAAGAUGCCUUUGCAAAUUUUGCCAACUUCAGCAAAUAGAAGCUUUAUCCACCCCGUCCCACCCAGUUCUGGGAUAUGAAGGAUUUUCAGCAGCACACAUAAUGGCAAAGUGUGGGGGGGGGAGGGGGGUGACGUGGAGGGCUGGAGAGUGGUGUCUAGUCCGCCAUGACUUAAAUCUUUUAUAAAUGAACUUACAGAUGAGCUGUUUGUAGAGGGAACGGGGCUACAAUCUGAAGAUACUGCUCUAUACGGAGCAAUAAUGCCUUUAUGUAUCAAGACAGGUUCAAGCGGGUAUACACUGUCUGCGAUCAGGGUACGCGACAGCGCUGUGUCCACCCCCCACCUUCUUCCCCUUUAUAAUUCUGGGCUCCUGAUCUACCCGGCUGUGAUAGAAUAACACACAAUCUGUACUUACAUUAACACAUUCCUGCCCUUACCGACAUCCGACUGGGCACCCAUGCCACCACCUGGGAAAGGUUUCAUUUUCUUUUUAAUUAUAAUAUAUAUAAGAAAUGA